AUGGCUGAACAGAGGCAAGCAUUUCGCUUUCGGCUUCCUUGGCUGUCAGCAAUUGCUGCUCCUCCUCGUCCUUCUGAGCCCCCAGUUCAAGUCCCACCACAGCCAACCACUACCUCUACCCCUCAGCAGCCACCUUUUCGGCCUGCAGGGAUAGCUCCCUCACGGCCUCCACCCCCUGCACCAAGAACAGAACCUCAGCCACCACCAAAACCAGAACCUCAGCCAUUACCAUCUCGUGCAGCCACUGAAUCAAGGGUUGCUUCCCAACCAGCAUCACCAGCCCGGGCAACAACACAGGUUAGGGCUACCUCUGUACCCCCAUCUCCAUCUCGCACUGCUUCGCAGAUCCAAUCAACAACAGAAGCAGCCCCCCAGCCUCAAUCUUUAGAUCGUCUUGCCACUCGUACUACUGAUCAAACAUCACAACCCUCUUUACCAUUGCGCAAAGCUCCUGAGCUGCAGCCAUCACCCUGGGAAGUAUUUCAGCCACUCUCUCCGCCAAAGAAAUCAGAACCUGCACCACAACAGACUUCUCAACCUCCUCUUAGUCUUAUCCAACCCCCAUCAUUUGUCCCUCAUGAGCAAGAACCAAAGCCAUUCAGAUCAAUGAGGCCAUUACAAGAACAGCCAAAGACAGAACUCGAAUCUGCGAUUGUAUCUGAAUCUCCAUACCAAACUGCAACCCCCUUCAAACGUGAAAAAGUGACAACACAGGCAGCACAAAUAUCAGUUGGGGUUGCAGCAGUAGCACCAACUUCUGUGGCAGAAGAGAAGAAAGCUGUGGGAGAAUCAGUGAAAGAAGGAAAGCCAGAAGAUGGAAAGAAAGAUGCAGUACAUCAAGUGAAAGAAGAAGAGACUAAAGAGACAAUUGAUGAGCAGAUGCGGAAGGCACUCACUAAGCUUCUUACAGGGGCAUCAGGUUCGGGAACUCAGAUUAGAGCGUUACUGACUUCCACAUUUCAAACUGGGGAAAGGAAGCGGGAGGAGCAAGAAAGUUUUGAUAGAAAGAAGCCAUUGUCAACCUCCGACUCUGAUGAAGAGCAGAUUAAGACUGUGAGUUCAACACAUCUGAAAGACAGCAGUACUAGAGGUGAUAUUCAACGAAAAACACCACUGCACAAAGAGAUCAAGGAUAACAUUUUGCAGUUUACGCAAAAGCUGACCUUACUGAAUUCAAAGCAGAUGGAUGGAAAACCUGUAAGUAUGAUAACCCUAGCAGGUGAAAACAGAGGAGCAUCCAUGCUCAUAGGCUCAGAGUCAACCCAAAAGGAUGGCUCAGUUCACAUUUACCGUGGUUAUAGGAUCAACUCAAAUGAAAUCCAUGAAUCUACUACUGAUGGAGAAGGAAGCUCCAAGGAACGAAUUCCUGGAGAUCCCAUUGUCAGAAAAGAUCAAGAAAGAAAGGUGUAUGUCAACAGUAAUAUGCAGAGCACCAAUAACUCAAUUUUGUUGGAGAGUUCGGUCAAUGAAAGAAAUCCUGGUGUUCAGCUGGAUAUCUCUCACAACCAAAAAGAAGACACCAAGUCAGCAAUUCAGCUAGAGUCCAUUGAGACACACAAGGCUGAGUUUAGCAUCACUCCAGCGCAAAAUCUUACCUAUCAGCCCACAAUAAGAAGAGAGUACCUCAGAGGGCUUUCCAUGGAACCAAGCGACUCAGACCCAGAUAAUCCUGAAAAGCCACAAAGUCAUGCAUGCCUCUACAACUGUGGGGAGAAGGGCAAAGAUAAGGAGAUAGUGCUAAACUGA